GGAUUUUAAAAAUGCGGUGGGCGGAGCGUCUGAUUUUUGAACUACUGGCGGCGGAGAUCCGGCGUCCCUGACUCGGGCACGGUAGGCUUGCUGUCGAGUUCCGUUUUGGCCGCAGGACCCGGAAGGCUUAGGAGGAGUCGGCUGAGCCCGGACCCUCGCGUCCAGCCAUGGUCGGGCGCCGCAAGCCAGGGACCCCGAGGAGGCGACCCUCUAGUCCGGCGCCCGGACCCUCUCAGCCAGCCACGGACUCGCGUCGCCAGUCGAGGACUCCGACGAGGCGGCCCUCCAGUCCGGCGCCCGGACCCUCGCGACGGAGCUCCGGAGUAGGCCCUCAGGCACUACACAGAAGACGGAGAUUCCUGUGGCUUAAGGAAAUAAAGAACCUGCAAAAGAGCACAGACCUCUUGUUUAGGAAGAAGCCUUUCGGCCUCGUGGUAAGAGAAAUAUGUGGGAAAUUCAGCCGUGGUGUGGAUUUAUAUUGGCAAGCUCAGGCCUUGUUGGCCCUUCAAGAGGCAGCAGAAGCGUUUCUCGUUCACCUCUUUGAGGACGCCUAUCUCCUCUCCUUACAUGCUGGCCGAGUCACGCUUUUCCCCAAAGAUGUGCAGCUAGCCAGGAGGAUCCGAGGCAUUGAGGGAGGACUCGGCUGAGCUGCCAGUGCGAUGUGUCCAGACAAUACCUGGAAUCUUUUGGAGCUGCAGCCAAACAGCAGUGUCUGAGGCACUGCCUGGAUAUUGCUGGUUUUGAGCAGUGGCUACACGAUGCCCUUUAAGAUUGUGGCUUUUGCCUGUGACAGAGGAAGAAGAGGCCAUCUGCCUCGCCCAUGGACACGAAUGAGUGUUUGCAGACCAAAGGUCAACUUGGUUUGUGAAUUGCUCAACCACAUUACUGUUUGCGGGUUUCAGACCCAUGAGGUCUGCCAUGUUAUGAGGGGUAUUGAUAUUUUAUUCUUCCUGUACCAUGUGCAUCUUUUAUCCUGUGUCUUUGUACUUUUUAAAUAUAAGGGAGAAGUUUUUGAGUAAAAUGUUAGAAUCUGUUGUAUGGAAAGCCCUGGCAGUCCCGCCCGCCAUACAAAUGUCUGCCUUCCAGAUUGCCCUCACGCUGCCUGUCAGCAAACAUGGAGCUUUUCAAAACUUAAGUAGCGUUACAUACACAGUCUUCUCUUCCUUCCCUUCAAGGCUGGGACUUGAAUCCAAUGUCUUAUACAUGCCAAACAUGGACUGUAAUGUUGAACUGCAUCCACAGCCUGAAAUAUAUAGUCUUUCUGGUUCCUACCAGUAAAUUCCUAUGGAAACCAUCCAGAAAGUCUCUCUUAGAAGUAGACAGUUUAUCCUUAGCUGUAAAUCACAUACAAUGUAUCAUACCAGUUUUGGGAUUUUACAACAUGUUUUCCGUAUUUUUUACAGGUUAUCUUUAGUUUAUUUGAGGAGAAAUAAUAAAAAAAUAAUUUCUUAGUGAGAAAAAUUGAAAUAAAGUUACUGUUACAGAUGUUAUAAGCUUUUGUAGUAAGUAUUAAACUUAUCAUUUCCCACCAUUUGGAGCAGUUACAAUGUAACCAAGAGAAGUGAGCUGUGAUGCAAGGCACCCACAAAACACCUGCCCUCUUGUGGAUAAAAGCAAUGUAAGAGGUGUCCAGGAAAAUGGCACGUGCUGAGGUGAGAACAGCAGUGAACACAGACUCCUGGUGAAGACAUGGCAACUGACUAAACUCAGCCACGUUCCAGGUUUCACGAGUCAAUAAAACUUUACCCUUUGCAAAAAUGUAUUGGCAGAUCAGAUAUAUGCAGACAUUCAUAUAAAGCUCGUCUGUGGUAAAGUCUUUUUACCUUACCACAUUAGUCUUUUUCUUACGUGACAAGCAGCUCUGUAGUGUUUAUUGGAAUAAGAACUUUACCUCCUGGUAACUAAUAGUAUGUAAUGUGUGUAAUGUUUUAUCUGAAGCUUUAACAGCUUACAUGAGGUUUCUCACUCGAGUGUGUAAGUCAAACAAUCUCUGGUGUUCCCCAGGAUAUCCACCUGUCUCCACCUUCUCAGUAUGGGAUACAUACAUCUUCCCAGUAUGGGAUACAACCAUAUGCUGUCAUAUCUGGCUUUUUAUGUGGAUCCUGGGGGUUACGCUCAGGUCCUUGUGACUGCAAGGCAAGCUCUUUACCAACCGAGCCAUACGCCAGCCCAGUGUUGUGGAGCUUUUGUGUGGUCUGAGGUAUCCCUCGCUGCACACGUAUUGAGAGAGUUUCGGAUGCCUGGGCCUGUGUGCCACAGCUGGGAAGUAGCAGUGGGCUUUGCAGGCUGUAGUCUGGCCUCUUCCUAGUUGAUAGCCACACCACAGUCAUUAGCUACUUCUGUUCCUCUGUCUUCCCUACCCUGACACUUAUUCCCUGAACCAAGAUCCCAAGCAUCUCCCCCCUCAUCUGCUUCUGUCGGGUAUGUGGUCACAGAGUAAAGUUACUAAUAUAUAAACCCCACUUCUCAUUCGCUGGUUUGUUUGAGACAGGGUUCUGCUGUGUAACCAGUUUGUUCUUGAACUUGUGAUGUUUCUGCCUCAGCCUCCCAGGUGCCAGAAUCAGGAGUGUAGCACCCACAGCCUGCUUUCUGCCUUUCUCUUUUCUUUUUUUCUUUUUUUUUUUUUUUUUUUUUUUUUUUGGGGAGCUGGGGCCCGAACCCAGGGCCUUGCAUUUGCUAGGCAAGCGCUCUACCACUGAGCUAAAUCCCCAACCCCUCUGCCUUUCUCUAUUAGGACUCUCAUCAAUUCCUAGCCUUCCCAUUGAGUUUAUUUCUGCUUUCACGUUUUUAAUAUCCAAGGCAUUUUUCUUAUUUUUUGGCUAAUUUUUUUAUAUGUAUAAAAUGACAGCACUUAACUCAGUAAAACAAACCACUACAGCUAUUGAAAUCAAAGAGCAUUGAUGAGGAAGACAAAGGGAAGAUCAGGGAGCCUCUAGUGUCAAAAAACCCAGCCUCACUGUAGCUCUAUAGGAAUCAUGACCCCCACCACUAUAGUGCUGACCUGUGUGGCUGCCCCUGGUCCUCACACUGAGCAGAGCACCAGCCUGUCAGUGGCCGCCCCCUAAGUCCUACAAGCAUCUCCCAUCUGCAGAACCUAGCCAGAAGCAGCCACAAGGGAGUCUGAGAAUGUUAGCCAGCUUCUAGCCUCCUUUGUUAAGAGUCGAGACAGGGACCAACCCAAAAGAACCAUCACAUAGCCCUUGUGAGUACCACUUUAAGUUGUGAUUUUCUGGUUUGGUUUUGCUGUGUAAUAACUGUUCGCUCCGAGUUACUUUUCCUCCCUCUUAUUUGCUUGAGGACACAGACAAAAGCUAAUUGAGAGUUAUAAGCUUGCAGCUAGAACUUGCCUAGAGACUGCUCAGAUGAACAUUUUAGAGAAUCCUCAUGUCCCCUUGGGAUAAAGACAUGACCAGAGGAGGUCUAAGGCCUAGGUGGUUUUAAGAACUGAGGCUCAUAUGCAAAAACCAUGCAUAAACCUCCAACAUGCCCGUCCCUGGCUUUGGCCUCCUUGCAUCCAGAGGCCCUCUACUAAAUUGUCUAAGGGGACAACGGCAGUUGUGUAGUGAGUGGUGAGAGGAACUUCUAGGGGUUUGGUUUGCUAAUGACCCUGCAACCAGACCCACUCAACUCCCAGGGCUCCAGUUGCAGAAGGAUGUAAUGACGCCGUCAGUUUUGGGGGUAGCAAAGGCUGUUGUGGUUGUGUAGAAAGUGCUGGUUCAGCUUGGCCCCGGAUGUCUCAGGAGCUGCUGAAGUCAGUGCUUGUCCACCUGCUUUUUAACUUUCAAAAGAGUUGCUGCCUUUGCCUCCGUGGUUCUCCUCGUCUUUGAGUGUGUGAUGAUCUUCUUAACUCUGUGAGUUAAGCUGACUCCAUGGUUUUCUAGGUUCUUUCCACCCCCCCCCCCCCAUUGAGAUAUCACCACAACCAUUACUCUUUGAAGCUAAUACUAGUUCCUUGAUUUAUCUUCAAAGCUGUUUCCUUGUGUCUGGUGUUCUGCGAUGUCAUUAUGUUGUGUCUAAAUGCAGAUUUCUUUUAGUUCGCUUGGCAUUCAUUGGGCUUCUUGAAUAUGGGCUGAUGGUUUCUCAUCAGUCCUCACCCAUUAUCUCGUCAAACACCGCCUCUCCACAGUCUCUCCACUCCCACAGAAGCUCCAGUCACCUGCUCUUCAGGCUUUUCCCUGUGCCCUCCAUCACUGCUUUCAGACGGCUUCUUCUGCCCACCUCCUAAUUCAUUGAUGGGAUUUUUCUCUUCAGCCAGUCCUAAUUUACUUUUAAACUUUUCAAUUUUCUUUUUUUUUUUUCAUGUUUUUUCUAUUUUGAGAUGAUUGCUCAUUAUAUGGCCUGUCUCUGCCCACAGUGCUGGGAUUAAAUAUGUGUAUCUUCUAGCCUUUGCCCAUUUUCUUAAUUUUAACUGUUGCGAGGUGUAAUGGCUAUUCCUGGUUGUCAGCUUGACUAUAUCUGGAAUGAACUACGAUCCAGAAUUGGAGGGCUCACCUGUGAUCCAGAUCGUGAGGCUGGCAGACACAAGUUUCUGACCUGGAUCUUGGCAUAGAGAUCUUGAGGCAUAGUGGCUAUGAAAAACUUAGGCCCAGGCAAGGUAAUAUACACCUUUAAUCCCAGAAGACUAAGGCAAGGAAAUCUCCAAGCUCAAGGUCAGCCUGGGUCAAAGCAAGUCCCAGAUCCAGACAUGACCAUACACACCUUUAAUCUGGGUCACAUCUCCUGCUGGAGGCCUACAUAAGGACAUUGGAAGAAGGAAGACUCUUCUUCGCCUGCAUGCCCUUACUUGCCAGCACACCUGUUGGAAUCUACUUCUACAGAAGUCCAGCUCAUGGGACUGAGCAACUACUACAUCCUUGGACUUAGACUGUAAGUCAUCCCAAUAAAUUCCCUCAAUAUAGAGAUAUUCCAUAAAUUAUGUAAUUUUAGAGAACCCUGGGGCGGGAGAGGUAGGUCCCCAGGAGAGGUGUGUCUGAAGAGAAGAGACAGUGUACUCACAUACAUAAAAUAAAUAAAUAACUUUUUUUUUUUAAAAAGGAGAACCCUGACUAGGACAUGAGGGUUUUUUUGUUGUUGUUGUUUUGUUUUUAAUUUAUUAUUUCUGUAAUUAUUAUCUGGUUCUUUUUGCUCAUAACUGUAUUGUUUUGUUUUCCAGACAGGGUCUCACAUUGCCAAGGCAAGACUCAAGCCUGCUGUGUGGCCAAAUGUACUUUGAACUUAUUCUCCUUCCUGCCUCAGUUUCCCAGUGCUAGGGUUGUAAGCGCUCUGGGCCAGGCCUGACACCAGGAUGCCCAAUUGUCUUCUCAUCUUUGUUACUUUUUAGUUUCUUAUCCUGUUGAGGUCUACCCCACCUAGCAUAGCUAUAGCCAUUUUGUUCCAUGCCUGCCAUCAUUGAUACAGAAAAUGACUCGACUCAGAGCAAGGUCAUGCUGUGAGGUUUGUUCAACUUAAUAAAUUACACAAAGCUUUACAUAUGGCCCACCACAUUAAAGGUAAAUAUGAGCUGUUCUGUCUGAAAUGGCUUGAGUCAGAGCCAACCAUCCGGCAGCACCUGCAUGCGAGCUCAUUGUGGCUUUGUGGGGUUUUCCCUUUAUAAGCCGGCCCUGAGAAAUGGUCAGAGUCAUGGCUCAGCCCCUGAAUUCUGAGCUACGGCCCUGGCCCUGAUUGAUCAGUCUCAGGGGGUCCAUUCAAUAAACCAUCCUUGUCUGAG